AUGCCACUAGCUAAAAAGGCCAUUGCACCGCUUGCAACUGGCGCUUUAUCAGGAUUGGCCAGUCUCGGUGUGGAUAAAAUAUUUAGAAAGGGACAACAGGGAGGUUUUCUUAUUCCACAGGAUAAAAUAGUACAGUUGAUUGUGUAUAAGCAUUUACUGUCCGCAGCUGAGAAAAAGGAUAUCCUCAACGCUCUCCAAACAGGUAGUGGAUUGGUUAUCAAACCAACAAAAACACAGCAGGGUGGGUUUUUAGGAACUCUACUAGCGAGUUUAGGAAUCCCCUUGUUACUAAGCGCAUUAACGGAAAGGGCCUGCAAGCCGACAGAACCGGUUCCGCUAAUACAACAGCUGUUUACGUCCCUGAUACAACUAAUGGCCACAGAAUAA